AUGGUUUCCAUCGUUCUCGAGGUGACCUGCAGCCUCCUUGCCUGGCUGUUCCUGUACGCCUGCUUCUGCUACUGGCACAAGCACCGUUCCUACGAGUGGAGCUGUCGCCUGGUCACCCUGCUGCAUGGGGUGAUUGUCACCUGCCUCUCGGGUUACAUUGCUCUCUGGGAUGGCCCCUGGCCUCUGACCCACGCAGGUUCACCAAACACAUCUCUUCAGAUCCGUGUGCUGUCCCUGACCUUGGGUUACUUUAUCUUUGACCUGGGCUGGUGCCUGUAUUUCCAGACAGAGGGGGACCUAAUGCUGCUCCAUCACACGCUGAGCAUCUGUGGCAUGAUCAUGGUGCUGGGGCUCGGCAAGUCUGCUACAGAAGUCAAUGCUGUUGUAUUCGUUAGCGAGAUCACCAACCCACUGCUCCAGACCCGCUGGUUUCUGCGGGAAACAGGGUGUUACCACACUUUCCUGGGAGAGGUGGUGGAUUUCUUGUUUGUGUUCCUCUUCCUGGUGCUGCGAAUCGGGGGAGGAGCUUUGAUCAUGUACGCCAUGGUGACAUCCCCUGAUCCCAGCUGGCUCCUCAAGGCCGGAGGCCUGGCCAUGUACAUUGUAUCUCUGGGCUUCAUGGUUAAAAUCUGCCACUUCGUCAGGAGGAAAAUGGUGAAGAAGUAUGGUUCCUGGAGAAGUCCAAGGAGUAUGAAUGCACCUGUGAAAACUAAUGGGCACUUGACAGCUCAUUAA